AUGGAUACCAAAGUGGCGAGGUUCAACGGAACUAAACGGGUCAUUGGGACGAAAACAUGCAUCUUUUGGCUCAAUGGAAGAUGCAACAGAGAUCGUUGUAGGUUUUUGCACGGUGAACCACCAUCAUACGCAUCAACUCAUUCUUGGAAUUAUAAUGAAAUGAAGGGACGUUUCUCUUCAACACCGUAUCAUAAUUCGAAUAAGGGCCUUCCCAAACAUAAUGGCAACACUCUUUUAAAUAGAAAGAUUGGAGAUGACAAGUUGCCUCCCAAAUGUAAUUCUAAGACUGUCUUUAUUAGGAAGACCGCGGAAUACAAGUUGCCUCCCAAACAUGCUACUAUUGGAGAUGACAGAGAAAAGACACAAGUUGCUAUGGUUUCUCCAAAGCAUAUCUGCAAAUAUUGGAUGAAUGGCGAUUGUGUUCACGGUGAACAGUGCCGGAAUUUACAUUCAUGGUCUUAUGGUGAUGGCUUUGCCACAUUAGCAAAGCUUCAAGGACACACGAAGCUUGUCACCGGAAUUGCACUUCCACAUGGAUCAAACAAACUUUAUUCUGGCAGCACUGAUGGAACACUUCGAACAUGGGACUGUCAUACUGGUCAAUGUACUAAUUUGAUGAAUCUUGGUGCGGAAGCUACCUCUUUGAUCAGUGAGGGCCCGUGGAUUUUUGUUGGUCUGCCUAACACUAUCAAGGCGUGGAAUAUGCAGACUGCUUCACAUUUAACUCUUGGUGGACCUAAGGGACGAGUACUUGCCAUGAUUGUUGGCAAUGAUACACUCUUAGCUGGAGCAGAGGAUGGUGUAAUUUCUGCAUGGAGAGGCAGCUCUAAAUCCAAUUCCCCUUUUGAACUGGUUGCAUCGCUAUGUGGUCACACUAAAUCUGUUGUUUGCCUGGCUGUUGGAUGUAACAAGAUGUUGUACUCAGGAUCCAAGGAUCAAAGCAUUAAGGUUUGGGAUCUAGACACAUUUGAGUGUAAAAUGACACUUAAUGCACAUACAGACGAAGUCACGUCCCUCAUUUGUUGGGACAAUUUCUUGUUAUCUGGUUCAUCAGAUUCCACUAUCAAGGUCUGGUAUAAAACCGUCCAGGAAACAUUGGAAGUUGCAUAUUCACACAAUGUAGAAAAUGGCGUUGUUGCACUCUCUGGGAUGACUGAUCCAGAAAAUAAGCCUAUAUUGUUCUGCUCUACUAGUAACAAUUCAGUUCGCCUCUAUGAACUGCCAUCAUUUUCCGAGAGGGGUAGAUUGUUCGCUAAGCAAGAAGUUGGAUUAAUUGAUACAGCUCCGGGUGGACUCUUCUUCACCGGAGACAGAACUGGUUUGCUGACUGUCUGGAAAUGGUUGGAAGAGCCCAAGAUUGCAGCAUCCUCUUGA